GCGCGGAGUCGGUUCGUGGUGGUGGGCGGCGGGAUCGCGGGAGUCACCUGCGGCGAGAAGCUGGCCAUGGAAUUCCCAUCAGAAGAUAUUUUUUUAGUGACAACUUCUCCAGUUAUAAAAGCUAUAACCAAUUUCAAACAGGUCUCCAAAACACUUGAGGACUUUGAUGUAGAAGAGCAACCAAGUUCUCUAUUAGAAAAACGAUAUCCCAAUAUUAAAGUUAUACAGUCUGGAGUAAAACAACUGAAAAGUGAUGAACAUAAAAUUUUCACUGAAGAUGGAAAAGAAUAUAUGUAUGAAAAAAUUUGCCUGUGUGCUGGGGCAAAACCAAAAUUAAUUUUUGAAGGAAACCCAUAUGUUUUAGGAAUCCGGGAUACUGACAGUGCACAGGCUUUUCAGAAGAAUUUGGCUCAAGCUGAGAGAAUAGUAGUGGUAGGAAAUGGUGGGAUUGCACUUGAAUUAGUGUAUGAAAUUGAAGGCUGUGAAGUAAUCUGGGCUAUCAAAGACAAAGCCAUUGGGAACACUUUUUUUGAUGCAGGAGCAGCUGAAUUUCUCAUUCCAAAGCUAACUACUGAAAAACGAGAAACUCCAAUUGAGUGUAAAAGAACCAAGUAUACAAUGGAAGGAAGUGAGGAAAAAGAAGGCCUUAUAGCAGCAUCUGACAAGUUGGGCAGUGCCUUAGGCCCUGACUGGCAUGAAGGCUUACAUCUUAAAGGAACUAAAGACUUUUCUCAUAAAGUACAUAUUGAAAUACUAUGUGAAGUGAAGAAAAUACACUUACAGCAAGAAUUUAUACAACUGAAACGGACUUCUUUGGCGUUUCCGAAGAAAGAGAAACAUGCAGAACCAGACACAGUGCUAUGGCCUGUAUAUGUGGAAUUAACUAAUGGAAAAAUAUAUGGAUGUGAUUUCAUUGUCAGUGCAACUGGAGUUGUGCCAAAUGUUCAACCAUUUCUAGAUGGCAAUAAUUUUGCUGUAGGUGAAGAUGGAGGUCUUAAAGUAGAUAAACACAUGCGUACAUCCCUGCCAGAUAUAUAUGCAGCUGGCGAUAUCUGCACGGCAUCGUGGGAACCUAGUCCAUUGUGGCAUCAGAUGAGACUGUGGACUCAAGCUAGGCAGAUGGGAUGGUAUGCAGCAAAAUGCAUGGCAGCAGAUACUUUGGGAGAAUCCAUUGAUAUGGAUUUCAGCUUUGAACUAUUUGCUCACAUUACAAAAUUUUUCAAUUACAAGGUGGUGGUUUUGGGAAAGUAUAAUGCUCAAGGCUUGGGUUUAGACCAUGAACUGAUGCUGAGAUGUACCAAGGGACAAGAGUAUGUUAAAGUAGUGAUGCAGAGUGGCCGAAUGAUGGGAGCUGUGCUGAUUGGUGAAACGGACUUGGAAGAAACCUUUGAAAACCUAAUUUUAAAUCAAAUGGAUCUUUCAGCCUAUGGUGAAGAUCUUCUGAAUCCAGAUAUUGAUAUAGAAGAUUAUUUUGAUUGAACAAAAACCUAAUUUCCAUUUUAUAUGAAGUUUUGACACCAAGUAAUAUGUCUUAUAAAACUGCUUCCUCAGGAUUACCAGAAAUGAGGGAUAAAUGCAAUUCCUUGUUAAGAUUUUGUGCUUAUCUUGUCAAAAUACUGACCCACAAGUUAAAUCAAUCUGCAUAGAAAUACAGCAACAAAAGCAAGUGGAUUAGCGUUGGUAGAGUUAUCAUCUAGAUUAGAUAAACGUAAGAGAACUGGGCUAUAACAGUCUUAAAACAUGGGCUUCACUGUGCUGUUAGGACAGCACUGCAUUCACUUGAAAGCAAGGUAGCCUUCACUUUUUAAAAGUAAAUAAAACACAUUAAAUCCUGGGCUCGCCCCGUAUCUCCUUGUUCCCCAACCCAUGCAUAAUUUGCUUGCCAGGGUUACCAGAGCCUGGUUUCCCCAUGACUUGCUGCUUGGCAUGUUUCUUCUCUCAACCAGGGUGCCUUGAUAUGCUGGUGCUCCUUACCUCGGCAGCAUGAGUACUGCCAGGGUAGGAAGGCCCCUGCCCCUAAAGCCACUUGUGCAGGUGAAUGUUUACAAGGCAGUCACGCAGCGUGUUACUGUCCCACUAGCAUCCCUCCACUGCUCAGGCUUGCGAGUACUUAAAACAGGUUUCAAGACUCCUGUUCCAGCUAACGGUCCCAUCUCUGCUGAGCUGGCUCAGAUUAACAGAGGACAUCUUUAGAGUACAGCGAGAGCUCUCACUACCUAGAAUGCCAUCUGAAAUAUAUGGCGAGAUGGAUGCCUUCCCUCCGCCCACCUCCCCCAUAACUUUAAUUUUGAAAUUAAUGUAUUUUCUACUCGGGUAAGUACAGAACACAGACUUUUCCAGGAUGAGGUGUCAGUUGAGAGCAGGUUUUUUUACUGCUUGUGAGUUCAGCUGUUCAGGUGCUGUGGUGGUGCUGCCCUGAUGCGUCCUGUCCAGUCUCCAGCAACCUACAGUCCGCUCCAGGGAAAGGUUAAUGCAGUGCCGCUGGUGGAUGGCACCUGCAGUGGCCUUCCCUGGCAGGAGCCUGUGCAGCAGGUUGCUGUAUCCAGCCCAUGUGGUGGAUGGUACAGGAUGCUAUUUUGAAUGCAAGUCCCAUAUGCCUGUGUGAAUCCUAAUAGGCAGCUGUUAAAGUCACUUAAUGAAAACAUUCAUAGCAGCUGUGUGUCUUAGCCACUUCCUGCCCUCACCUCAUUCCCACUAUCAUACUUAUUGGUUCCAGGAAGGAAUUUUUGCAGGUACUAAAGUCCAGUUUGACUUGUGGUAACUAGUGACAAACUACCUUACUAGUAAGUUUUAAGUGGGGGGUUGUUUGUUUUCAGUUGUAACAACCUCCAAGUGUUUUGUUACACAAGAUGCAGUUUAAUAAUAAUGAUGUGUAUGUAGAGGCUUGCUUCAAUCAAGUUCCUUCUUUUUUAGUUGCUAGGCAUAAUUUAGUGCCUAGGUGAUAAAGCCCAACAAUUUAAGCUAUUCCUUAAUGUCCUCUCUAUUCCACAGUGUCAUCCAGAGACAGAGGUUGUUUCAUAUUAGCUUUUGAUUUUGUUCUAUAAUUGCUACUAGGGAGGUGCUGUUUAUUUAGGGUCAAACUGGGAACAUUUUGUUGUACUCCACUAAAUGCAAAGUUGGUGGUACAUAUCAAGACUUCUCCCAGAAAAGUUACUCUUAAAAAAUAAUUAAGAGAAUGACAGUUUAAUUAAAUCAAUUAAUUCCACACACUUCUAGCAAAGGUGUCAGCUGAACAAUGGGUGAAAUACUAAGUGUUAAUCACUGACAAGAUUCUACCAGAAAAAUAAAGAUGAAGAGCAUGUUCUUAAUCAUGUUUGGUUUAUAUUUAAGUUGGUAUACAGCUAAAUGUCUGUGGGGGAAUCCAAAAUGAAACCUACCAGAACCAUUUAUAAUGAGUUUGAACUUGCCUUACUGAUCAGUGGCUGCUAAGAUUGAAAAAAAAAAAAAAUCAAAAUGUAGCAUUCAGCCUCAUGUAUGCCUAAGCAGUGCUUAAAGUCAGCAGUAGCUGUUGGGUCUUUACCACUGUUUUCUUCUGGAAACACUGAUGUUUAAAGGAAGUCAACAGGUAUAUAUAUCUAUUCAUAUAAAGUUAAAUAUUCUCCCUACUGAAAUGGGAGACAAAUUAUUAUGUAGCUGAAGGUUUUCCACAGUCCAUACAGACUGCUGAGGAAUGACUGUGACCUUCAGUGUAGAAUAGCUGCAGUUCAGCUCGCAGGGUGUGCUGUCCUAGGUUACAGCUUCUGUUUGGCAUGGAGAGAAAAAGACUUCAUGCCACUUAAUUACACAAUGCAGAAGGUAGGACUGACCAAAUAAACAGUGUUAAUGCACUUUAAGUAGCCAAUUUCAGAGGAUAUUGAUUAUAUAACCAUAAGUAGUCCUCAACUGGGAAAAGUAGGAAUGGAAAAAAAGCUUACAUAAAGCCCUCCACUGCAAAAGAACCAAAAGUUUUUAACGUCCCUUCACACCUGGGCUGUUCUGUGAGUCUGAAUGUGUAAGUGCUAGGCUGUUUGGAACAGAGUAUCACUUCCCUCAAGCCUACUUCCUAUAUGAAAGUGAGCCUUCCAUUAUUAGGAAGCUUUUCCUUUUAUAUGAUUGGUCAAAUCUAAAUAUUAAGAUGGCAGGAGGUCAGAUGGUUCUAGGUUGAGAGGAGUUAACAAGGGUAAUUUCCUGGUUACUGAAUCCAUUCCAGCAGCAUUUUACAGCAAGAGGAGCUCAAUAUACAUCAUCUAGUUCAGAAGAAAUUAGAGGGGAAAUCCAGAACCCUAAAGGGCAAGGAAAGGACUACUUGCUCUUAGUUGUAACUUCCAUGUGGUUCAAAGAUUCUUUUUAAUAAAUAGCAUAACCACAACAUCUGCAUUUAUGGGAUUAAGCACUGCUUAAAGGUUAAGUGUAAACAAAACCAAAGCCCAGCAGUUGCUGCUCAGGAACUGAAAGUGUGGGCAGAACUGCUCUUCAGGCCUUUCCCCUCAACCCAGCUAUUCUUGCUCUCGACAAAUAGAAGGGGAACUGAAAGCACCGAGUUAUCAGUAGCAGCAAAAGGCCUUAUUGGUUACCAAACAUGACAAUUUUCAGUAACAGCUCAUGUUUCUCCAAACUCAUCAAGGUAAUAGCUCAAGCAUUCUUUUUAUCAUCUAUCACUUUGUACCUACUACACUGAGGUCUUCUCAUGUUCAGCCUCAGGUCCUGACAGUGUUCAACUUCAAAAUUAAUUUUCCUGCCUUUCUAGGAAA